AUGCUGCCAUGUUCGGCGCGUUGGGUCGAGCCUGGACUCAGAGCACAGAGCCACACAUUGAAUGUUUCUCGUUGGCAACACCAUUACGUUGCAGAUGUUCACAGCAUAUUCCAGCAACGGCGUCCUUGCAGCCUCCUUUGCCCGAAUAACCUCCAUAAGCAGCACAAUAGCCUGGCAGCCCUUACUCUGCAGAGCGCGCGGCGCUGCAUGGCAUCGGGGACUCAGGGCUUCGGCUUCCAUCGCCGGGCAAGCAGCCAAAGCCUCACGCUGUCCGGGCGCAGCCAGGCGACAGCCAGCCGCAAGGGUGUCUCCAGAGGCAUUGCCAUUGCGCGAGCACCUUGCCCCGCGUGCCGAGGAUCCAGCACAGCGCUGGGAUGGGGUUUCAGCCUUCUCAUCGCCGACGUGGACACCGAGUCUGGUCUCAGCUCUGGGCUUUGGGUCGGCCUGACGAUGACCAGUCCAGACAGUCUGGCCUUGCGACCUGGCGACAUGGAUUUUGCAGCGGAUGUCCCAGACAGCGUGGUGGCCGGUGGUGGUGGUGCCCUCUGGGAUGGAAACCAGUGCCAUGACAUCACCUGGGACACGAGCCAGCUGCAAGUGGGCGACCAGGUGCAUGUGUUCCUCAGCGCGGGCGAAUUCCAAGUCCGGCUGAAUGGCAGGACCGUAGCGGCCUGUGAGGCCUCUUUGCCGUUGCGCGGGCCGUUCUAUCCCCUGGUGGAGCUGCGAGGCUGCACCAAGGCCGUCGAACUUCUCCGAGAGAGCUCCCUCUGCCUCUCCCUCGAGGAGCCGCGGCCUCUGCCGCAAGCCACGCCGGAGGCUGUCAGUUGCGAUGUGGCGGCACAUGCGAAGUUGACACGCCAGGUCAAUCAGCGUGACCCUUCCGUCCAGCGCCAGCUUCCAGGUGCAGGACCUCGCCGGGCACGGAGCGAAACUCCGAGCAGGCGUCACAGCGCGAAGCUGAAGCCCAAAGUCGACACAGACGCUUUGCCGGGCGAGCGGUUGCAUCUUGAGGAUGGCCAGCAUGAGGACCCGCGCCUCUGGACCACCGUGCGCGACUGCCUCGCGCGGCCCGAGAACUACGAUCAGGUGUUUCACGCUGUUUGUGCUCUCCUUUGCGAAGCAAGGGCGGAGCGAGAUGGCUUCCAUCAGCGCCUGGGCGAGGCGGAGCGCGCCAAUGUCCUGGGGGCUGCUGCGGCGAAGCGUCGCGAGGCGGAGCUCCGGCGCCUGCGCGAAGAGUUGAAGCGUCAGGCCGCUCUUCUCGAGGAGUCCAACAUGGCAUGUCAAACACUUGCGAAGGAGCUGACAGCUGCGAAGGAUGCGAAGAAUCGAGCGCAGUACCGCAUAAGGCAGCUGCAGCCCAAAGCUGCAGACGUGGGUUGGGCUGCUCGUGCUGUCGACACAGCUGCCGCUGCCGAUGCAUUGGUCUGUGUAGCUGAAAUUAGCUUCACAGCUCGGAUAGACAUGAUUCCGCUGAGCGCACCGGCUCCAAUAAACGUCGGCCCACCGACACCGGAGAUGCUCGAGAAGAUGCGGCGAAUCCGGUUUUGCGUGAUAGGAACCUUCGUGGCCGCUGUAGGGCGAUUCUGCACUGGCGACAUUCCAUACAACGAAGUGCUCAGCGGGUGCGUUGGGAUCUUCCUACUCAGUGACGAUCCGAAUGUGGCACCUUGCUAUGCUUGCUUGGCAAAUAGUCCGCUUGGUCAAUGCAGCCACGGGUUAACCUGCGUGAUGGCCUAUGCUUUCCUGUCUGGUAUCAACGCCAUCUUCCUGACUCUGAAGCUCUUCGUGGGGGGCCCAUUCGUGCUCUUCUCCUUCGUCUGCCAAGGUGCUGGGGCCUACCAAGGUCUCAAGCUCCACAACCUGGUGAACGCGAACAUGGCUGAUGGACCCAUGGCCCCUCUUCAGCGGAACUUCCCAGGUCCUGGCGGUCCUGGGCCGCCUGAGACUCCGGGGCCCCAGCCGCCAAGCUUUCAAGCCUUCCAGGGCACCGGCAUGCGCCUAGGGGGCUGA